GACCCGCUCCGUCAGCUCCAACCAACACUAUCAACAUGGCCUCCUGCAGGAGAUCCCCGGGGCUGCUGGCGGUGCUGUGCCUGCUCCUCAGCGCGCUUAUUCCCGCCGCUGAAGCGUUUGACGGCGGCGACGCUGUGGCUCUGCUCCUGGGAAUGACCGUGACGGUGGUGGGGUUCUGCGCAUGCCUGGGCUGGUACGCGCGGAGACGGAAUGGACAGUUCUGAGGAGAAGUUUGGUCUCCACCUUCCUGCUGGGCCUGGAGAUGCUCGCUGCUCGCUUCCUGGAGUGCCCUGACUAGCUUUACUCACCUGAGAGCGCAGGACAGAGACUGAGGACGGAGUUUUUAUCCGUAUUACCCCAAUACUGAAUGCACAAUGCUUAGAAACACUGGCUUUAGCGUGUCUGUGCUGCACCCCUGGAGGACUGAGAAGAAGGAAAAAAAAGCAGAGACUAGCUAGCUAACUAACUUCCUGAUCUCCACGUGUGGCUUUGUCCUGAGGAGAUCAUGGCCUUGAAGCACAUCUAUCUGCAGGACUUACAAGACAUUGGACUUCUAAAAAUGGGGUGGUGGUCAUUUGUCAUGCUCCUGAUCUAUCAUGCUGAUCUAUCAUACAGCUCUGUCCUCCUGGCUUAUUAUGCUGUAACUGUGUCUAUCAUUCCUCCAUGUCUGCUCCUCUCUAUCUGAAGCACUGAUAAAAAGCACUUGAUGAAGACGUCUGCACUUAGCUUUGUGAUCUACACAGUGUAAGCUGAGCUUGAACUGUUCAGAGGUCAAUAAUAUGAAUUCUUUGUCGCUCCUUUUCUUGAAUAAACUUUGCCGAGAUCUAUAGUUCAA